ACCGCGCAUGCGCCCUGCGCGUCUCCCCUGAGGCGGGCGGGCGGCCGGGCCGGGCGGAGGCCGCGGCCGAGCCGGGGGCUCGCGUAGAUGUGCAGCCCGGGGGAGGCCCCCCCUGGGCCGGCCCCGGCCGGGGACCUGCCCCCGGAGUGGGAGACGGAUGACGAGCGCAUGGCCUUCCUGUUCUCGGCCUUCAAGCAGAGCCGCGAGGUGAACAGCACCGAGUGGGACAGCAAGAUGGCCUUCUGGGUCGGGCUGGUUCUGGCCCGCGGCCGGCGGAGGGGCGCGGUGAGGACGUGCCUGAGGGAGCUGCAGAACGGCUUCGAGCGGCGGGGCAGCGUCCCCUUGGGGCUCGGCACCGUCCUCAGGGAGCUGCUGAGACGUGGGAAGCUCCAGAGGGAGUCAGACUUCAUGGCCAGUGUAGACAGCAGCUGGAUCUCAUGGGGUGUGGGAGUUUUCAUCCUGAAGCCCCUCAAGUGGACCCUCUCCAGCGUGCUGGGGGACAGCAAAAUCCCCGAGGAAGAGGAGGUUCUGAUUUACGUGGAGCUGCUGCAGGAGAAGGCAGAGGAAGUUUACCGCCUGUACCAGAGCUCUGCCCUCUCGUCCCACCCCGUGGUCGCCCUCUCCGAGCUGCGCUCCCUCUGCGCCGGCCUCUGCCCCGAUGAAAGGACCUUCUACCUGCUGCUGCUCCAGCUGCAGAAGGAGAAGAGGGUCACCAUCCUGGAACAGAACGGAGAGAAGAUCGUGAAGUUUGCCCGAGGCCUCCACGCCAAGGUGUCCCCAAUGAAUGACGUGGACAUCGGGGUUUAUCAGCUGAUGCAGAGCGAGCAGCUGCUGUCUCAGAAGGUGGAGUCCCUUUCCCAGGAAGCAGAGAAGUGUAAAGAGGACGCCAGGAGCGCUUGCAGAGCUGGGAAGAAGCAGCUGGCCCUGAGGUGCCUCAAGUCCAAGCGGAGGACGGAGCGGCGCAUCGAGGAGCUGCACUCCAAGCUGGAUGCGGUGCAGGGAAUCCUGGAUCGGAUCUACGCCUCCCAGACCGACCAGAUGGUGUUUAAUGCCUACCAGGCUGGAGUGGGAGCUCUGAAGCUUUCCAUGAAGGAUGUGACUGUGGAGAGGGCAGAGAACCUGGUGGAUCAGAUCCAAGAGCUGUGUGACACUCAAGAUGAAGUGGCCCAGACUCUGGCUGGAGUGGGGAUCAAUGGUCUGGCAGAGAUGGACUCUGAGGAGCUGGAGAAGGAGCUGGACAGUCUCCUGCAGGACUCCAGCAAGGAUUCCCUGGAUCUGCCUGCCGUUCCCCAGAAGGUGCUGAGUGCCCCCAUCUCUGAUGCCGAGCUGGAAGCUGAGCUGGAGCAGCUCUCUGUGUCUGCUGGAGAUCUGGCACAAAAGACUCCCUCUGCUUCUUCUGAACCCAAAACAGCUCUGGGACUGAAUCUCUGAAGAGCCAACAGAAUCCUGUUGCUGCAGUUUGGGAAGUGUCUCAACGUUCCUGAACCGAUGACCAGAACUUCCAAGGAGAGGGGAACACCCCUGUCCUCCUGGAUCUGUCUUUGCUCAGCAGCAGGAGCUCCUGCCAUGACAAUCCACUCUGGACCUGGCCCCAGCUGGUGUUUGUCAUCUCUGUGCCAACAUCUGGUCUCGAUCUGACUCGUGACCUCAAGUCACUGCCACAUCCAGUCUUCCCUCCCGGGAACACGACUCCAGCCAAGAUGAACUCUUCUGUGUCCAUACCAGUGCUCGGUUUUGGGUUUGAUUUUGAUUUCUCUUCCUUUGCUGUGGCUGAUGUUGAGAAUCUGAGUAGCAGCAGCGUUGCAGUGGCUCAACA